AUGCCAAACUAUGCCAAGUUCCUCAAGGAACUUGUUAGUGAUAAGAAGAAGCUGGAAGAGGCGAAGACUGCAGUGAUGAGCGCCAAAUGUUCUUCUAUCAUCAAGAAUCAGAUUCCUCCCAAGUUGGAAGACCCAGGGAGUUUUCUAAUUGCUUGUUCUUUUGGUGCUUACUUGUAUGAGGCAUUGACCGAUCUUGGGGCCAACAUUAAUUUGAUGCCUUAUUCUGUGUAUAGGAAGUUGUCUCUAGGAGAGUUGACCCCUACCCGCAUGAGCAUUAGGCUUGCGGAUCGAUCUUUCCAAUAUCCCAUGGGGAUAGCAGAAAAAUUGCAAACUAAAAUGGGGCACAUGAUAUUUCCGGUCGAUUUUGUUAUUCUCAAGAUGGAAGCGAACACUAAGGUCCCUCUCAUUGUCGACUGCCCAUUCCUUAUGACCGCGGAUGCUAUCAUCUGGGUUAAGGCUAAGGAGAUUUCCUUAGGAGUCGGUGAUGACCGAGUUAUUUUUAAUGUUAAAAGAGCAUUUAAGCAUCCUUACUCUUGUGAUGAAACUUGUUUCAGGAUAGAUGUGAUUGUAGAAGAAGAUGCUUUGGAAAAGGAGCUCAUGGAUUUGUUGGACAUGGAAGAAGGUGAAGCCUUGCUAGCUUGUAGUGAAGAAGAGGAAGAGUUGGUUGGAGAGAGAUGGUGGAAGAGAUCGUGGCUUUAA